AUGAGGAGAACACUCGCACCGCUACUCGUCGUCAUCCCCGUGAGCAUGGUGUAUGGAGAUAUACAAUCCACAAACUUUGGUGUUCGAUCACUUCGUCGACACCCAAGAAACAAUCCUAGCAAAGGGCGUCAGGGUAUUCUCACUCACUCUGAUGAUGGAAGAAGCAAAAUCAUGACAGCAUUCUUUCUGGAUAUCUUUGAGACACAAGGGGAAAUAGAGGAAAAUUCAUUUCCUGUGGUCCGAUUGGCUAUGAACAACUUUCUUUUGGCUGAAAUGAACGCAAUCUACGAACCUCAAAACAAUGAAUUGGAUUCAGUCAGUUCUUCUCUGAUCGGAUAUCCAGCCACUAUUGAACCAUCUGGACAGAUCAACAAAAUGGGGACUGAAAUGCUGAUGGAAAUCAAGAUGACCUUUGACAACGAACCAUCUCCAGACAUUGCAGAGCUCGAAGUGGUGAUAAGAGAAGUCAUGUCCGAUUUGAGUCUCUUCGUUACCAAUUUGACCAGAUUUGAAGGUGCAGACUUCUACACUGUGACGGAAGCCUAUAGAAGAGAGAUCCCGACAGCUGCACCAAGCGCCUCCUUGGCACCUUCGACAUCGCCGGUGCAGAAGGUCGCUGUCAGCGAUGUGAUCAGUGAUGUUCAACCACCUGCAGAUGAAUCAGCAUUGACCCCAGAACAAAUUGCAGUUCCGGCUAUUUUGAUUGGAGCAACUUUCCUUGCCGUCAUUCUAUUCCUCUUGGUGCGAAGACGAAAACGCUCAAAUCCUGACUUGUCCAAAUCAGGAGAUCAAAUACUUACAGACAUUGAAGGCGGGGCCUUCAGUUUUGAUAAGAGUCUCGAUAGUCAUCGACCACCUUCGCCUGAGUUCCCUUCCAGCAGCGUCUCCGAACUUGGAUCGCAAGACUCAGUCUUUUCGGAUAACAUAGCCGAUGCUUCAAAAAGAUUGAAAACAGCACCAGCAAAUACUAGUGGUGCUGCAAGUCAAGCUACAGUUCCAUCGUCCAAUCGCAUGUACAACUUGUUGAACUUUAUGAACGAGAAUGAAGAUUUGUAUGCUCCUACCAAUGGGAACGCAAACCCAACUGAUGGGCGCCCACUGCCUCCGGCCGCUGUAUUUGAAAGAGAUGGAUCAUCUUCAAGUGAUACGAGUGAGAGCCACAGCUCCUCUAAGAAUUCUUUUGCAGAGAUUGCAGCAUACACGGCCCGGACUGGGGCUCAUACAACCGGAAAUGGUGAAACACUCGUUGAACGCCAGGCUCAACCCCCAAGACCUGGCAAUUCCAGAAAUGCAUUUUCCGAUAUUGCUAACUUCACAGCAUGCACUUCAAAUGGUGGUGGAAGAGAUCCAACCCCAAGGAGCACAAGUUUGGAAAGGAAGACACAAUCGACGUCGCCAGGUGGGCUGAUGGGUAUGUUCCAUUGCGCUCCAACAGGAGGUGCCGUUGAAGGCGGGAGGAAUAAUCAAGAACGGAUUGGACGAUCACCAGAGAGGAGAAUAGACACUGGAAACGAAGCCAAGGACAUUUUCCGGCCUAGAUCCAGAUCAGGCACACCAAGCAAACAUAGGUCUAGUAGCCAGAGUCGAAACUCAACUCCGAAUCGAAGUAGGCCAUCGACUCCUACAAGAAGUAGACCGUCAACACCGAUCAAUGACCACAGCAGACAUUCUUCCAAUAGUCCAUCUGCAGGAUAUCAACGAAUGGGAAACAGUGGUGCUAUGGCCCCUGGGCAGGGAAGCAAUGGGGGUACCAGAAACUACGCUAGAAAACCAGCAUAUCUGCCAAGCAACGAUCCCCAAAGCCAACGUCACCCAUUCCAAGAUGUCAAUCUUCGAACGCCCGACGUCUAUAGUGAAGAGAAAAAGGACGAAGGCCUAGAAACUCCAGAUAGAAAGCGUCCUGUAUUCAUCGAAGGAAUGACUCAUGAGAUCUUCUAUCCAUCUGGUGGUCGACGUCACGCUGGAAAUAACGGCGUUGAUGGAUCUGCCAUGUAUCAAGCGAAUGCCAUGGACCCUUCAGAGUGGUCCUACAAAUCGUACGACAACAACUCUGUAGGUAACUCCACCAUUUCAGAUGUUGUAGCAUUGCCGAAAGAGGUUUCUAGACAGCGAGGCGAUACCGCGGCGAGAAAUGGCAAUGCAACCAACCAAGAAUUUAGCCCCCAUCUGGAAGAAGACACGGAAUGGAUAGAAAAAAGAAUCGCUGCAGCCAAACAAUACCCUACGACGACUCCGAACAUUUCAAUUCCGAUCCAGCAUCAGCAUUCCACUGAUUCCCUUUCUUACGCGUCGAACGACAAAGACGUAUAUAAUCAUGUGAAUUCUCCAUCGGACCUCUACUCAAGCAAGGACGACUCUGUCAUGUCGAGCAUUGUCUGCCGCGACUGCUACGCGCCGCCAGGAAAACUCAAUAUCGUCAUCCAUUCUACCAAAGAUGGACCGGCGGUGCACACAGUUAAACCAGGAAGCAGUUUGGAGGGUCAUCUAUUCCCUGGUGACUUGAUUAUCUCUGUGGACAACGUUGAUACACGAUCAUUCACUGCGGAACACGUCAUGAAAAUGAUGGCAGCUAAGAGUACACAAGAGAGGAAGAUCACUGUUCUACACUUUGAAGAAGAAUCACAAAUAUAG